AGUCCUAAGAGAGAGACGUGUCCGUCACUGAAAAGUCAAUCAAUUUCAUUAAAAUUCGUUUUGUUGGAACUGAUGUAUGAAAAAGUUUAUAUUGUGAAUUAUUAGAUAAAUAGAAGAAUUGUUAUAUUGAAAAUGCCGGCGACCGCGGCGGGUAAGCCGGUAAAUGGCCCCAAUAAAGGGUUAUUCCAAAAUACGGCCGGCUUCAGUACGUUGAUUACGGUCACAGUUCUGACACUAGCUUGGUUGGCCGGUUUUGCAUCUCGACUAUUUGCUGUAAUACGUUUUGAAAGUAUAAUUCAUGAGUUCGAUCCUUGGUUUAACUAUAGAUCCACCGCGUACAUGGUGCAACAUGGCUUUUACAACUUUCUUAACUGGUUUGAUGAGCGCGCGUGGUAUCCUCUCGGCCGGAUUGUUGGCGGAACAGUAUAUCCUGGCCUCAUGAUAACCUCAGGCACCAUACAUUGGAUAUUACACACCCUGAACAUACCAAUUCAUAUAAGAGACAUUUGUGUGUUUCUUGCACCUGUAUUCAGUGGUUUGACGGCCAUAGCUACUUACCUGUUAACUUCAGAGCUUUGGUCAAGGGGAGCUGGUUUAUUUGCAGCUUGCUUCAUAGCUAUAGUACCAGGCUACAGCAGUAGGUCAGUAGCUGGCAGCUAUGACAAUGAAGGCAUUGCAAUUUUUGCUCUCCAGUUUACAUAUUAUCUCUGGUUGAGAAGUGUUAAAAGUGGAUCAGUCUCUUGGUCCAUAUGUACUGCACUCUCCUAUUUUUAUAUGGUAUCAGCAUGGGGUGGAUAUGUGUUCAUUAUAAACUUAAUACCACUUCAUGUGUUUGUUCUGCUUAUCAUGGGCAGGUUUUCACAACGAUUGUUUGUGAGUUACACUGUAUUCUAUAUCAUAGGAUUAUUACUGUCUAUGCAGAUACCAUUUGUAGGUUUCCAGCCUAUUCGUACCAGUGAACAUAUGGCUGCAUCAGGUGUGUUUGCAUUAUUAAUGGCUAUCGGUGCCAUGAAGUAUUUACACAGUUUAAACCCAAAGGGUCAGUGGAAACAGCUUUUAAUCGUAGGAGGAUUGACAGCAGCUGCUUUAGUCUUCAUUAUGGUUGUUUUCUUGACAUACAUGGGUGUUAUUGCACCAUGGAGUGGUCGGUUUUAUUCUCUAUGGGAUACAGGCUAUGCAAAGAUCCAUAUUCCUAUCAUAGCAUCGGUGUCAGAACAUCAGCCGACAACCUGGUCGUCAUUCUUCUUUGACCUGCAUGUUCUUGUUUGCACCUUCCCAGUAGGAUUGUGGUAUUGCAUCAAGAAUAUUAAUGAUGAAAGAGUUUUUGUUGCUCUGUAUGCCCUAAGUGCGGUAUACUUCGCGGGUGUGAUGGUGCGACUGAUGUUGACGUUAACACCAGUUGUUUGCAUCCUGGCUGGUAUAGCAUUCUCCAUACUCCUUGAUCUUGUGUUGAAGGAAGACGAGGUUAUCAUGACUCAACCUGAGCCGGAAGAAUCUAAGAAUCUUUAUGACAAGGCAGGCAAAGUAAAGAAGCGUACCCAGGAGCCCUUACCGCCCGCUGACGCCGUGCUCGGUAUGAAUGUGCGCUCCGGUACACUGAUCGCCUUCAUGAUCCUGUUAAUGCUGUUCUCUGUCCACUGUACUUGGGCUACGUCAAAUGCGUAUUCCAGUCCCAGUAUCGUAUUGGCCAGUUAUGGAAAUGAUGGAUCUCGAAAAAUUUUAGACGACUUCCGUGAAGCAUAUGGUUGGUUGUCACAGAACACGGCAGAAGAUGCAAGAAUUAUGUCAUGGUGGGAUUAUGGUUAUCAGAUAGCAGGUAUGGGGAAUAGAACAACUUUGGUCGACAAUAAUACAUGGAACAAUUCUCAUAUUGCAUUGGUCGGUAAAGCUAUGGCGAGCAAUGAAAGUGCAGCGUAUGAGAUAAUGUCAAUGUUAGACGUGGACUAUGUGCUGGUAAUCUUCGGCGGCGCUAUUGGUUACUCAGGCGACGAUAUCAAUAAGUUUAUAUGGAUGGUGCGAAUUGCUGAAGGCGAACAUCCUAGAGAUAUACAUGAAGCGGAUUACUUCACGGAGCGCGGUGAAUAUCGGAUAGACUCGGAAGCCUCGAAAACUAUGUUGAAUUGUUUAAUGUACAAAUUAUCGUAUUAUCGAUACGACAGCGGCGGCAGUCCGCCGGGGUAUGACCGCACGCGCGGCUCCUUGCCCGGCAACCGCGGCUUCAAGCUCACCUAUCUGGAGGAGGCCUACACCUCCGAGCACUGGCUCGUCAGAAUAUACAGGGUAAAGAAGCCUGACGAGUUCAACAGGCCGCGUAUACCUCUCGCUAAGAGAACAAUUCCUACCUCUAAUGCAGUCUCUAAAAAGUUUACAUCAGGCCUAGGAUCAGGGGUACAGUAUGACACAACUUCAAAACGAAGAAAAGGUCUGCUAAAGAACAAGCCGACGAUAGUGAAGGGGAAGAAAGUUGGCCGACUGGAGUGACGUCAUCGCAAACACGUGGCCACAGAAUAGUUAAUGUCUGCAUAUCAGUGGUAAAUCUGCAAUAAAUUUAUAUCAUUUAACAAAAACCCAUGCGAUGUAAACAGUCCCAUCUCUACGAUCUCUUAUAUGUAACUCUUUUCAUCGCAUGAGUGUAUUAUUUCUGUAUAUUUUGGGAAAUUUGAAAUUCCAAGCUUGCCUUUAUAGAUUUAUAAUUUAAAAACUCUUGAUUUAUAUUUGGAAUGUAAUAUUUUAGUGUAUUAAGAUUUAAUUUAUUACCAUUUUUAAAUAUCGAAGCACAAAAUCAGUGUAUUUUAAAGGAAUUGAUAAUAGAUUUAUAAUGUGUAGUUAAUAUAUCGAAUUGACACCAAUAUUGAUGGUAUUAUAAAGAUUAAUUAUAAAGCAAUGCAGUUAUUCGAGUUAUAUUUGAAUAUAAUGUGCGCGUGAAUAAAUCUUUAAAUCUAAACCAGAGUACGUCCUAUGAUUUUUUUUUCUUUUAGAGCUACGCACGGUAAUAGGACAUUUAAAGAAUUAAGUUACGGAAAAAACGGUCAAAAUUAUUAUCUUAAUAUAUUAAAAAUUCGCUGACGCACGCGACUCAGUCUGCGCAGAAUAAAAAAAAUAUAAUUAGCCUAUGUGUUCUUAAAGACUGUGUUCUAUAUGUAUUCCAAAUUUCAUCGAAAUAUGUUCAGCCAGUCUGGAGAUAUCAAACAAACAUCCAUCCAUCCAUCGAUCUAAACAUUCGCAUUUAUAAUAUUAGUAAGAUAGGUAUAAGUAAGAAAUU